ACCCCUCGCCCCCCAUCCCUUCGGGGCCCGGCGGUGACCACUGGGACCGAAAUGGACAAGCCAUUCAGAAGAAAUUUGUGACCCGAUGGAUUCUGACACGAGCCCCGGGGCUUUAGAGAGGUCGACUCACAAACACAAGAUCUUGAGAGGAGACUCACUGAGUUCCUCUUUGUCAAAAGAUCAUUCUGCUUGUGCUCUGCUCCUCCCUGCAGACCAGCGUCUCUUUCCCCGCGGCCCCCACCCCUCGGAAGCUGGCUGUCUGGACUUCACCUUCACCUUCCGUUUGUAGCCCCGGCUCCUGGGCUUCUGGGCUCCAGGGCCUGGCGGUGCCGUCGCGCAAGGACUCUUGAGGAAAGCAAGUGACAUGAGACGCCACGGGGGUAGGUUUGCAGCCCUCGUGCCGUUGUGAAGUGAAAAGUCCGUCCCAGGAGGCCCCCUCCCCGGCCAUGGCUGCUCUGAGGUCCCGCCAGCCCAACUGCAUCAGGGCAGCAUUUGCCAGCACCAGGGCCGCCUUCCGGAAGAGGCAGAGAAACAUGCCCCAUCGCUUCAAGAUCAAUCACAAAAAGAAUCACAUGGACUUAAUUGAAGGUCUCUGGAGAGAGGUUUUAGAUCCUUGCGACGGCGAGUCUUGGGAAGACCCCCCCGGCCGUUCCGCCUACAGCUUCGGCACCUGCUGUCCGGGCGACGUGACCUGUGCUGUCCCUUCACACGCAUUGAACCCCGAGAGUCCGGAAGUCCACGUAGAAGACCCUCUCUCCUCAGGAGCCCCAGACCUCCUCAGGGAAGCUGCCAGCGGGGUCCCUGCGUCCCCGGAGGCCGAGGACGUGGACAUGCCCCCUGCGGAGCCCGGGGGUGGGCGGCCCAGGCUCUCCGGAGCCCCAGAGGACUGGAGGAUGGCGGAGGAGUGGCCCACGGCGGCCGGCCCCCCCGUCCCGGCCACGGAGCCCGCUGAGCCCGGCAGACCCACGCCAGGCAGGACCCCAGGGUCCCGGCCGCCACCCAGACUCCGGAGUGAGAAGGACAGGGGGCCCAAGCUCACCGUCUCCAAGAGGAAACUGGAACUCUUACUUGCAGAGCCUGAGAAGAGUAAGAGGAAGAGGCGGUGUGCGGCCCAGACCCAGCAGGGCAUGAACUGAGCACGUCUGGUGCCGGCGCCGGGUGGCCGCUGCCCACACCCCCCAGGACCCCAGGACCCCAGGUUCCCAAGGGCCAAUAAAGCGAAGCUGGAGAAGA